AUGGGGUCUAAGAGUGAGGAGAAGAAGGAAACCAAAAAACAAGGCGACGGAGUCACCACCACCUCCGCCGCCGCUGUCGCCGUUGCAAUUCCAACUCCUCCGCCGCACGAUCCUGAUUUCUCACCCGUCGGUUCGCCUGAGAUCGCCGACCAUCACUUCGAAGAUAUAGAAGAAGAAGAAGAAGAAAUUGCCCCCCAUGCCUCCGCCGAUCAAAAGCCUCAUACGACCCCUACUCUCACCGAUGAUCUCCGAGACAAGAUCAUUAAGCAGGUGGAGUAUUACUUCAGUGAUGAAAAUUUGCCCAAUGACAAAUUUCUGAUGAAUUAUGUAACUAAAGAUGUGGAAGGGUUUGUUCCCAUUGCCGUCAUUGCAUCUUUUAGGAAAAUGAAAAGGCUCACUCAUGACAGUUCAUUAAUAGUGGCUGCACUCAAGCAAUCUUCUUUUCUUGUUGUAAGUUCGAAUAGCAAGGUGAGGCGACUUCUUCCCUUUCCAGUUGCCGAGGUCAUGGAUCCGAAGUUAUGCACGGUGUUGGUCGAAAAUCUACCAGAGGAUCAUUCAACAGAAAAUAUUCAGAGAAUAUUUGGUGAAGCUGGAAACAUAAAAAAUAUUUGCAUCCGUGAUCCACAUGUUAUUAUAGAGCCAAAAAAGCGAACAAUAGCGGAGAAGCUGCUAAGUGGUAAGUUGCACGUUCUUGUGGAAUAUGAGACAGUGGAGGCUGCUGAGAAAGCUGUGGCUAUGUUAAAUGAUGAGCAAGAUUGGAGAUAUGGCAUGCGGGUUAAGCUUCUCAAAAAGCGAGCGGUAAAACAUGGACAGAAAAAUAAAGGGUCGAGAAGAGCGGAUUCUGAGAAGAAUAACAAUGUGCAUGCAUCUGAUCCAGCUGGAGAUGAGGAGAACCACUAUUCAAGUGAGCACCAUGAUGACACGCACGAUGAAGAGGAUGGGGACCAUAUAUCAAAGGAGAAAAAUGGUUACAAGGGUCGAAACCGAAGACGGGGAAAGGGACCGAGAUAUCGUGGCACCAAUGGGCAGGGCCAUGGAACAGUUUCUUCUAGUCAUGGGAGUGAACCCGUAAAGCCACCUCCCGGCCCUAGAAUGCCCGAUGGAACGAAGGGAUUUACAAUGGGACGUGGUCGUCCUCUCGCUUCCAAUCAAAAUUAGUGUGGGAUUAACAAGUGCCGGAUUGUUUAGUUAAUGCAUCGGCUUAUUCUCAACGGUGUGCCAAUUUGCAAGCUCUCGGAGUGUUUGGAGAAAGUGACAUGUGAACUCUUUUGGUUUGUCAUGUGAGAUUUUUUUAGUGUAAAAUGUACAUGAGGUUAAUCUUCAGUAACAUUUUACUGUGACAGUGUUCAGUAAUGUGUUUGUUUGGGAACACAGCUUUUUUUGGGUCU